UUGCGGGUUCCCACUAGUGCUUGUGCCUUCUGCGGGCAAUUGGGUAGGUUCUCAAGAUUCUCUCGCCUCGACUGUCCUCAGAGGAUUUAGAAAUGCAUGGGAUCUGUCAGGCUUACUUAUACAUCUGCUGAACCCCUCUUCCAUUCUUCAAUUAAACCCAUUCUUCUUCGAUUAAAGAAGGAAGCUGGCCAGGAAUUUGGAACCGGCCGCCAUCGAUCAACCGGUGGCUUCUCGUUGAAGGGCAACCACAAUCUGAUGUCGCCCCGUGGAGCCCACCGGCGGUGACCCGACCACCACGGCACCACCACCCCGUACGCUUUCCUCUCGUGUGAUCUACCUCUCCUGUCUCCUCGGUCCUCCCACGUGAUUCUCUCGCUACUCAAAUUCACACUCCCCACUCCUUCCCGUCCCCGAAGCUAAAUCCUCUCCACCUCCCACCACCACCACCCCGAGCGAGAGUGAGAGACACCGGGAGGGAGAUCUCGCAGGCAGCGGGCAAGGGCAAGGGCAAAUGGCCGGCGCGGCGGACGAGUACUACUACGGCGGCGGGCCCGGCCCGCGCGGGGCGCCGCACGGGCUGCUGCUGGCGGUGGUGGUGGGGCUGGUGGUGGCGGGCCCGCUGUUCCUGGGCGACGGCGGCGAGGCGCUGACGGAGGCCGUGGCGGAGCUGCUGAGCCCGGUCGGCCUGCUCCUCCUCCCCGUGUGCCUGCUCUUCCUCAUCCGCGUCCUCUCCUCCGACCGCGGCGCCGCGGCGCUGGCCGACGUCUUCGCCUUCGGCGGCUCCCCCGACGCCGUCCACCGCGUGGGCGGCUCGCCCGUCGGCGUCGCGCUCAUGCUCCUCCUCAUCCUCGCGCUGCUCUACUACCGCUCCUCGCUCUUCGGCGGCGACGGCGGCGGCGACGAGUAGCGUACUAGGUCUGCAGGAGCCGGCUGCGGGCGCGAUCUCCGGGCUCCGGCCGGCUGGCUGGCAGUGGCAGUGGCGUGGCGUUGGAGUUGUUUUGUAAUGUGAGGUUUGGUAGGGGCGUGGGUGUAAAAGUGCGCGAGGAAAUCGGAGUAAAUUAAUUUGGUGUUUGCGUUUCGUCGGUUGGUGAUGAGGGCGGCUGAACUUCUGAAGCUUCUGUGCUGCAUCGGGCCAUGUGCCUUGUACUCUUCUUCCUCCCCCUCCCCUCCCGUGCGUCUCGUCUCCUCGGUGGGAAGAACUUGGAUUCUCGCUCCGCCAUUUUUACCCUGCACCUGGAGGAGACGCUGUACAAGUAGGGGUAGACGAGGCUGUGAAUUUUACGUUUUACCUUCACGGUAGCAAGAUCUAGAGGGUGCAGGCGUUCAGCAGUGUGCGAAGAAAGCGACGACGUUGACGGUAAAGUUGUCCUGGUCGGUGGCACGGUGGGCUCACAUGCCCUGAAAACAUUUUUGUACCUGUGUGCGGUAGAGUAACCGUACUGUCCAAAGGUGCUUUG